GUUGUUUCCUUAUGUAACCCUAUUUUUCUGUGCUCACAGAUCGCCUUAGAGAAGAAUGGCUCAUGGAAAUGCUUCCUUUGUGACUGAAUUCAUUCUGGCGGGGCUCACAGACCUUCCAUAUCUCCAGCUCCCCCUCUUCAGUCUGUUUCUAGUCAUGUAUAUGGUCACUAUGUUGGGAAAUUUGUGCUUGAUAAUUCUAAUAGGGCUCAAUUCACACCUGCACACCCCCAUGUACUUUUUCCUCUUCAAUUUGUCCUUCACAGACCUCUGUUAUUCUUCUGUGUUUACACCCAAAAUGCUGAUUAACUUCACAUCAAAGGAGAAUAUUAUCUCCUACAGGGGAUGCAUGACCCAGUUUUACUUUUUCUGCUUUUUUGCUAUUUCUGAAUGUUAUGUGCUGACAUCAAUGGCCUAUGAUCGCUAUGUGGCCAUCUGUAACCCACUCUUAUAUAAUGUUGCCAUGUCCCCUAAAGUAUGUUCCAGCCUUAUGCUUGGUUCAUAUUUGAUGGCAUUUUCAGGUGCCACGGCUCACACAGGAUGCAUGCUGAGACUGACCUUCUGUGAUGCAAACACUGUCAACCAUUAUUUUUGUGACAUUCUCCCUCUGCUCCAGCUCUCCUGCACCAGCACCUAUGUCAAUGAGCUGGUGGUUUUUAUUGUGGCGGGCGUCAAUGUAAUUGUGCCCAGUGUCACCAUCUUUGUCUUUUAUGGUUUCAUCCUGUCCAGCAUCCUGCGCAUCAGCUCCACUGAGGGCAGGUCCAAAGCCUUCAGCACGUGCAGUUCCCACAUAAUUGCUGUUUUCCUCUUCUUUGGCUCCUUUGCUUUUAUGUAUCUUAAACCAUCUUCUGCUGGGUCUAUGAGUAGGGGGAAAAUCUCCUCUGUCUUUUAUACCAAUGUGGUUCCCAUUAUGAACCCUUUCAUUUACAGCUUGAGAAACAAAGAUGUUAAACUUGCUGUGAGAAAAAUUGUGAGUAGGAGAGUGUUUUGA